UUAAAAUUUUAGCAAAUUAUGUGAUUUUUUAGUAACAAAAUUUAGAAGCAAACACAUUUUUCCUUUUUUUAAACCUCACAUUACGGAGUGUCUUAGCAAUCUAAUAAAUAAAAUGCUUGCUCACAUAAAAGCGAUUCUUAGUGAAUGGUGAAAAACUGUGUAAAUAAAAUUCAAAAUUCAAUGAAACCGUGAUUUGCCUGUGAAAGAAGAUACCCACCGGCAGAAUGUUGCCCGUACCGCAGGACCGAAUGUCGGGGCGCCGGAGCAGCUCCAUCGUGAGCCGCACGCUGCUCGGCCGCCGCGCGUCCGUGUAUGCCACGGGCAACCAUCAGGACCCCGCCAAGCUAAUAACGGAGAUCAACGUGCAGCUGGCGCUGUUCCGGGACCUGCUGAUCCACUUCGGGCAGCCGCCCGACUGCCCGGAGCUGCGCGAGCGCGUGCGCCGCCUGCGCCGCGCCUGCGUCGAGGCCACCAAACAGACCAGCCAGCUAGUGCUGCCCAACUGCAAGAAGUCUACGAGCGAGGGAUGCGUGGAGCAGCCCCAGCUGGUGCUGCUGUACUUCAUGGCGCAGCUGCUGCUGCGGGAGCUCGCCAAGUGCCACCGGCUCGUGCAGCUCGUGCCCAUGGACAUGACAUCCUACUACGAGAACCGCGCCGGCCCGUCCAAUUUUGGGAAUGUGAUCAGUCAGAUCCUACUGUGCAAGCAAAUCACGCCAGACUUCAACCAGGAGGAGCUCUGCAGCAUCGCCAAAGACACCCAGGAGAUCACCAGGAUAGUCACCGACAUACAGGAGUACCUGCCUCAGCAUGAAAACCUCAACCACUUAGAGACCAACGUCGCGUUGAAAGGAGAAGAAAUGAGCGGACUGUGGCGGAACAAACGAAGAGGCUCGCUGUACAAAAGCAUGGGGGUGCUCUGUUGCGUUUCGCGACCGAACUAUCUCUGAGGGUGACGCGUCUCGCCCCCGAGGCGGCUCGACUAACCGACUUCAAUAUAGCUCAAACACAUAACAAGUGCAAGGUGCCUACCAGUCACAAUAACUCAAGUGUUCAGAAGCAGUGUGAGUGUGUACGGAGUUCCGUAUGCUUAGGGAAACGUUACGAGUGCGUGUGAUGUGUACAGAUUAGACAAUGAAGGGGUCCAUUAUUAUUGUCUAAUUAAUAGACGAGAUAGCGUAGAGGAACAUGAGGUGGAUUAAAUUUCUCAUAAAUUAUGUAAAUCACAAUUCAUAGGUAGAGAUCAUCGCGCACGGUAGAUCAAUUAUAAACGUUUCUGUAUCGUGUAGUCUAAGUAAAGUAAUUAUUAUAAUAUAUAACAGAUAGACGGAUUUAAUUAAUAAAUAUCGUGAAUUGCCUGGAAUGGGAUCAACUGUUGUGUUUAAGUAGAAUAGAUUUAAAAUAUUCAAUGCUUUUUGCACAAAAUCUAUAUUUUACCUGCUAAAUGUCUCAUUUCGAUUAUGCAUAGAUAAUUUUACCCAAAUUAAGAUAGAAAAGUACGAUUCGCUUCAGUACUUACGGUACUCAUAUUAAGACUUAAUUUCAUCAGUUUCAUCCAUGUUUCAUCAAUCUUUGAAGCUAAUCACUACAGUAGUACCUAGAACUGAUAUGAAAAAUUCAUACCGCAAGAGGCGGCGUCAAUGUCGAUUGUGUAGUGUUAUGUCCCACAUGUCGAGUCGUUGGUUUACAAAAAUGUCCGCCAUAAUUAUUACUGUUCCCAUUAUCUUGUCUUCCAAUAAGCUAGUUUCACUUUUAAAAGAAUUCAGUUAGAUGAAUAUAAAACUUCCACAAGUCUCAUUACAUUAAUUGCUUUUUCUUUCACAGAAACUUUCUGAAAAAUGAGCUCUUCUUCAUUUUUAUACAAUUGGCAAACUUACUUAUCAAGUGUUACCUACGGGCCCACUGUCUGGACUUUCCUAAAGAAAUAAAUAUGGCCUAGUCACAAUUAUAGAUGACACCUUAAGCAUUCUAGUCAAUUAUAAAUUUGAGUAAUGAUAUUAUUUUCACCAUAAUAUAAUAGAAUUAUAUUUAUAUAUUGCUAAUAAUAAUACAACUGACACCUACGAGUAUGUAUCUUAGAUAAUUAUUAAAGUAUUUCUGUAAUUAUGUACCUAAGUAUUAGACUUUCAUUGAUAAUAAAUUAAUAAUUCUAUUAGGAAGAAAACUGAAGAUUAUAUUAGAUACACAUACUCGUAUUGUAUUGCAAUACGCAAUACUUAUACGCUAUUCGAUUAUAUUUGAUUGUUUAUUAAAUCGUUGUCAUUUAGACUUCUCUACAUUUUACUAAGUAUAGCCAUAAGUAGAUACCUAAGAGAUAAACUGAUAUCAAAGAUAUUGUGAGCAUAAUAUUAGCUUUAAUAUUGUUUGCGCAUGUAUACUACUUGAGACGUAUCUAAAGUAAAUAGAGAUCACAGGUAUAUUAUAAAAUGUAGAUAUCAAAGUAGCAUUUUGUGCACUAUGUACGCUUAUCCGUUAGAGCAGUUUCAUAUUUUCCGAUACAACUUUACACUGAUAUAAGAAUAUAAAAAAAAUAUCCAUCGCAUCACACACGUAAAGGCAGAAACAUUUCAUGCGUUCAACUUGCCGCAAUAUCAGUGUAAACCGACGUGGAUCGUGUGACGGAAAAUCACCCUUAUGCCACUUUAAAAGUCGACUUGAUAAAACUUUUAAAUUUAAAUUAAUGUUCUUACCUUUUGGCAGCGCCUGUUUUAGGGCUGAUUUAGACGGCGCGCGAACUCGCACGCGAUUUUAGUUACAUUGCGGACUGUUGGUUACGCUACCUACACAAUUCAACCGACCGAUCAAAAACCGCAAUGUAAUGAAACUCGCAUCGUCUAAAUGAGCCCUUAUUACUGAGUCAAAAGAACUAAGUAGCGGUUUAGCAUUUUACUAAAUAAAUUACCGAUCGACCGGUCAAGGAACCCAGACCGCAGGCUUUAAAUGCAAUUAAAACUCACUCUCCAAACGGCACCUACUACUUUUCGCAGAAAACUUUUUUAAAUUACUAGUCAUAUCAUGGAUUAUAUUUGACAUAAGUAGUGAUGGGCACCUUUGGACCCGGCAUGGCUCAGAACGGGUUUUAGUUUUUUAAGUUUUAUACAUAUGCAUGUAUACAUAAUAAAUACUAGCAAAUUAAAUAACGAGAUUAGUAGUCAAUAGUUAUUUUAACAUGCAAGCGAGGAAUAAAGAGACGACGUCCCGUCCAUUGCACUACUGGACUGGAUACGCUAUUCUUGUUAUCCAAAAGCGGUUUAUUUAAUAUGACAUUAAAAUAUGUCUAGAAAUUAUGUGUAUUCUAAAAGUUGUGCAGCAAAACUCUUGUCAUUAGAGGAGUUAGGAUGGUUCAUGCAUUUAAAGUCCAAGCCAAGCUGCCAAGGGCCAUGAUUUCCUGUAUUAAUUAGCUGUGUUCUAACAAAGUCUAAUUUUAUCAUGUACCCAAUUCUACCCGUCUGUACUGUAUCAUUUCAUCUGUGUGUUAGUUGUAUAGUACCUAAUCUCAUUUUCUGUAAGACACAUUCUACUGUAUGCAUUUACUAAAAUGAUGACUGUGAUAUACUCAUAACAUUAAAUUAUAAAAGAAAACAUGCAUUAAAAUAUGAUUCAAACG